AUGAGUAAAAAUAACAAAGUAUUGAAUUUGAAAGAUAAAAUUAGCGAUAAUGAGAUGGAUUUGAGUCUCUGCGACCUGACUGAGGUGCCCGUCAAAGAGCUGGCUUUAUUCACCAAAGCAACAAAAUUGGACUUGUCUUGCAACAACCUCACCUCUCUGCCGCUAGAGUUUUGCAACCUGACCCACUUGGUGAAGCUGGACCUGAGUAAAAACCAGCUGACCUGUUUGCCAGAUGGCCUUGGGAACCUAACCGGUCUGCAACACUUGGAUUUGUACAACAACAAACUGAGCACCCUCCCCGUCAGCUUCUCUCAGCUGAAGAGUUUGAAGUGGUUGGACCUGAAGGACAAUCCCUUGGAAGUCAACCUCGCCAAGGCGGCGGGAGAUUGUCUGGAUGAGAAGCAGUGCAAACAAUGUGCCAGCAGGGUACUCAAGCACAUGCAGGUACUUCAGGAAGAGGCUGACCGGGCACGAGAAAAGCGACUUUUGAGGGAAAAAGAGCUGGAAAAGAAGCGAGAGGCCAAAAAGCGGGAACGCGAGGCUCGGGAGAAGGAGGCACGGAAGCGGGAGAAGGCUGAGGAGAAGGAGAAGCGGCGGAAGGAGUACAAUGCUCAGGUGGCUGCCGCAGCCGCCGCUCAGGAGGUGGAGCAAAGGAAGAAGGAAGAAAAAAAGAACAACAACAAGAAAAAGAAUGGACAGACAUCAGCAGAGAAAAAGACCCCGGCAGCGGUAAAGUCCAAGCCUAUCCGCUCUCCGGUCAGCUUGGUCUUCAAGAUCUUCAAGAUCUUCCUGCUUCUUCUGCUCGGCGUGGCUGCGAGCGUCGCCGUUUGCCGUCUCACGGAGCUGCGGCAGGAGAGCGUGUGCGUGCCGUUGGAUGUCGCCCUAGACCGGGGCCUGGACUGGGCCCGCCAGCAAGAGGGUGUGAUACGCCGGCUCCUCGGCGACUUUUCUACAGCUAUCAAGGCAUUCCUGGAAUCGAGGCAAACGUCUAAAAGCUAA